AACCACGUGUCAAACAAUAAUAGCCAAAGGAAUUCUAAAAAACCUUUUGCUUUUGAUCUCUCCAGGAGCAUCCCAUGCAAAACACCACACGUCAACAGUCUUAUGCUGCUGCUCCCUCCUCUCUCACCCUUAUAUAUCAACUGCCAAAGAUUUUGUUAAAAUAAAAAUAAAAGAUAUUUCCCAUCCACCCCAUCAAUCGCCUACACUGUCAUCAGUCAAAAGACAGUGAACAAAAUCCUAUCAAAAUCUCCAUUUCUCCAACCUCUUUCUGUUUUGGCCGUAGCCGUAGCCGUACUCUUAACUAUUAAGGGUGAAAAAUAAUGGAUUUUUUCAAAAGCACCAUGCCCAUUUGCCCUCAGCAUUGUUCACGAUGGGCUAGAGUUUACAUGGAGUAUUGUCUUUGCAAUAUGAAAGAUGGGGUUUCAUUAAGUUUAGGUAUGAUUAGUGUUUUGAGUUGGGGUGUUGCCGAGAUACCUCAAAUCGUUACAAACUAUAAGGAGAAAUCCACUGAAGGACUUUCCCUUGCUUUCUUGUUGACAUGGAUUAUUGGGGAUCUUUUCAAUGUUUUUGGCUGCAUGUUGGAACCGGCUACUCUUCCAACACAAUACUACAUGGCAGUGUUGUAUACAAUGACCAGCACACUUCUUACUGCACAAACUGUUUACUAUGGUCACAUCUAUCAUCGACUGAAAAGCAAUAGACGACGCCCCAAGGGCCCUGUCUCCAGUCAUUCUGAAGAGGCUGGAAGAAUUAAACAAGGAAAUAGUGAUGCUAGUGCACAAGUCAACAGUGCUGAUAAACAGAGAAAUGAACCUGCAGCUCCUGAUGGAACAAAUGGUUUGAGUUCACCAAUUCCUUUUCGAACACUUCCUCAAAAAAGUUCCCCUGAAAGAGAUCUAUACUACGCGUCAGCAAGAUCUCUUUCAAGCAGCCAUACUCCCACAGUAGGAUCCUUUUUAGCACAAAGAACGACUCCUCCAUCAUUUUCGAUUGGGAAUUCAAUUGAAGAGCCAUUGCUUGGUGAAGAUGUAGACACACAAUCUGCACCGAAUUUGAACACCAAAACCAUGCUAUGUGUGGUAUCUGUUGUCACAUUCCUUGGAACACUUAAUCUUCACCAUUCAGCAAACAGCAGGCUUGACAGGGUGUUUGAAAAUAAAAAUCAAGGAAUUUUCAUUCAAGUAGGAAGAAAGAUUUUGCAGACAAGUAGCAUAAUGUCACAUGAAAAUGAUAUUGAUGGAAAUGUAAUCGGAACGUUCCUUGGUUGGUCGAUGGCAGCUAUUUACAUGGGUGGACGGCUUCCACAAAUCUGCCUAAAUAUCAAGAGGGGCAAGGUUGAGGGGCUUAAUCCAUUAAUGUUCGUCUUUGCUUUGGCUGGAAAUAUCACAUAUGUAGCAAGCAUACUAGUCGAUAGCUUGGCAUGGUCAAAGAUCAGAGCAAACCUACCAUGGCUGGUGGACGCAGGAGGUUGUGUGCUGCUUGACACUUGUAUACUGCUUCAAUUCAUCUACUUUCGCUACCGGAGGCAUCAAGUAGAGGAGGACAAGCUACAAAGCUCCAAUGGAGCUUAGAUAGUAAUGAAACAUGUUGACUAAGGCUUUUUUUUUAUUGGUUUAGGCACCGUAAUGGAUCCAUGGCAUCUCAACAUUCAUAGCCUCCCAUCAAACUUGAUCAGGCAUAAGCCUUGCUGCAAAUGGCCAUCUUGCGGUGAUAAUAACUCUUCAUUUGGAUUUUGUUGGGUGAGCUAAGCGAUAGAAGUUCUGAUUGUUAUUUACCGUUUGGACUUCCAUGGCAGAAGACCACCUUGUAUUUCUCCUCCAAUCUGGUUCAUUCCUUCGUUUUUUAGCUGUCAGAAAAUGGAUGGGAACUGACUCGAUGAGCUCCAACUCAUUUUCUUUCUUCCACCCCGUUUUUCAUUCAAUUAUGAGUUACGUGAAUCUGAUCGUA